GAGCGCGAGGCGGGGCGCGGCGCGAGAGGGCGGGGCAAGCGUAUCGUCGCCGCGGCCGCGUGACGCGUUUUCAAAUCUUCAACCGCCGUAGCCCACUCGUUUGUGCUUUUUCCCCUUCCUCCUCCGCGCCCUGGAGCCACAGCCGGAUCCGGCCCCGGAAACUCGGACCGCGAACCCGGCACCUUUACUGCGUGGAGGCCUUGGCCGACGGAAGGAAAGAGCUGGCCGUCCUGUCAACCAGGCGGGAGAAGCCUUGUUUUCGCGGCGGCCUGGCGCCGCACCCGGUCCGGACCCAGUAUGUAGGUGCCGGGUGGCUGCCAUGAACUCCGGAGCCAUGAGGAUCCACAGCAAAGGACAUUUCCAGGGCGGAAUCCAAGUAAAAAAUGAAAAGAAUAGACCGUCUUUGAAAUCUCUGAAAACUGAUAACAGAACAGAAAAAUCCAAAUAUAAGCCACUUUGGGGAAAAGUGUUUUACCUUGACCUACCUUCUGUCACCAUAUCUGAAAAACUGCAAAAGGACAUAAAGGACCUGGGAGGGCGAGUUGAAGAAUUUCUCAGCAAAGAUAUCAGUUAUCUCAUUUCAAAUAAAAAGGAGGCAAAAUUUGCACAAACAUUGGGUCGAAUUUCUCCUGUACCAAGUCCAGAAUCUGCGUAUACUGCAGAAACCACUUCACCUCAUCCCAGCCAUGAUGGAAGUUCAUUUAAGUCUCCAGACACAGUUUGUUUAAGUAGAGGAAAAUUACUAGUUGAGAAAGCUAUCAAGGAUCAUGAUUUUAUUCCUUCAAAUAGUAUAUUAUCAAAUGCCUUAUCAUGGGGAGUAAAAAUUCUUCAUAUUGAUGACAUUAGAUACUACAUAGAACAAAAGAAAAAAGAGUUGUAUUUACUCAAGAAAUCAAGUACUUCCAUAAGAGAUGUGGGGAAAAGAGUUGGUAUUGGAACACAAAAAACAAGAACAGGAAGACUCAAAAAGCCUUUUGUAAAGGUAGAAGAUGUGAGCCAACUUUAUAGGCCAUUUUAUCUUCAAAUGACCAAUAUGCCUUUUAUAAACUAUUCAAUUCAGAAGCCCUGCAGUCCAUAUGAUGUAGAUAAGCCAUCUAGCAUUCAAAAGCAAACUCAAGUUAAACUAAGAAUUCAAGCAGAUGUCGAUAAAUAUGGUGGAACCCCAGUCCAACUCCAGUUGAAAGAGAAGAAAAAAAAAGGAUAUUGUGAAUGUUGCUUACAGAAAUAUGAAGAUCUCGAAACACACCUUCUUAGUGAACAACACAGAAACUUUGCACAGAGUAACCAGUAUCAAGUUGUUGAUGAUAUUGUAUCUAAGUUAGUUUUUGAUUUUGUGGAAUAUGAAAGAGAUACACCUAAAAAGAAAAGAAUAAAAUACAGCGUCGGAUCCCUUUCUCCUGUUUCUGCAAAUGUCCUGAAAAAGACUGAGCCAAAAGAAAAGCUUGAAUUGCAACAUAUUUCUCAGACAGACUUCAGGGAAAAUAGUGUACAGGUGAUCAAGCAGAAUUUUCUGUAUGAAGAAACCCAGGAACCUGAACAUAAACUUGUGUUUACUUCAGAAUCUAUCCCUUGCCCAUCAAAAGAAUUGAGAGGACUUAAUGAGAAAAUGAUUGGUGAAUGUUCCAUGUUGAGUGCAGCUGAGAAUGACAUACGACAGAAUUUUAUACAGUUACCUCCACAUAAAAAUAAGCAGGAAUGCAUUCUUGACAUUUCUGAACAUAAAUUAAUUAUAAAUGAAAAUAACUUAGAAGAACUAAGGGUAGAUCACUGUCCAUGUAAACUACAGACAUCUAUACAAGUUCCUUAUUUCAAUACAGAUAAUAGUGCAUUGCAACCAAAACAAAAGUCAGAUACUGCACUUUUUCCAGCAAAAGACCUAAAGGAAAAGGACCUUUAUUCAGUAUUUGGUGAUGCUUCUGGCCUGAUAACAAUAAAUUCAAAAGAACACCUAACAAUAAAGGCAAAAACAUCAUAUAGUCCUCCUGAAGAACUCAAUGGAUGUGACAUCAAGAAUAUGGAUAAUUUGCCAUCUAGUAAAAUCCAUCGGAAAGUGAGAAUAUUAUUAGGACGAAAUAAAAAAGAAAAUCUGGAACCAAAUGCUGAAUUAGAUGAGAAAAGAACUGAAUUUCUUACUACACAAGAAGAAAACAGAACUUGUAGUUCACCAGUACAAUCUCUACUGGACUUAUUUCAGACAAGUGAAGAGAAAUCAGAGUUUUUGGGUUUCACUAGCUACACUGAAAAUAGUGGUGUAUGCAAUGUUUUAGAUAUUUGGGAAGAGGAAAGUUCAAAUAGCGUGUUAACAUUUUUUUCUUCCCCUUCAACUUCUACAUUUACUGGCUUUUAGUCCUUUAAAAUGUAUACUUUUUAUAAAGUGAUAAGGAUCAUAUUCUUGAAAUUUUUAUAACUAUAAUUCUUAGGAUUUUUUGCCAACUUUGUUUACAGAGCCAAAUGUAAAUAUUAAUAAAGAUGAUGUUUGUGAUUUUUUACAAAAUUGAGUACCUGUUAUAAAAAAUUAUA